UCUUGCACCCUUUCUUUUCGUGUUUCCAGGCUUGCGCGCUGCUGGUUUCUGGGCUUGCGACAGCGAACAUCAACCUUCCCGGUUGCUCGGAAAAAUGUUUCGUCGACUGACUUUUUGUCUGCACAAGUCAUGUUGUGUCUCACUGUUGUCCCAGGAGGUGGGGUCGACGUCGCUUUGAAACACUAGUGUUGCCUGUGGCUCUGCGCGAUUUCUGUAUCUCCUAAACUUUUUGCUCGCUGUUUCUCCGCUUGCCUCAGCUUGGACACACACGGGUGGCCCAGCGAAUGUCGGAGUCGUCCCGCCGCUGCCAGCCAGUUGGCACGGAAUUGAAGCAAGUUUUUUAUUCAUUGUGUGGUUCGUUUUCACGAGGUUUGCCCCUCUCUCCUUGCCUUAACCCUAGUCGUUUGUUUUGUCAGGGCGGUUAUGAUAUGCUGGUGAUGGGAGGGGGGCGUGUUAUGGUGUCCUUUUUUUCCUUUGCCGCAUUUCCUGUCAAUUCUGAUCCGCGGGAGGUCGCGGGAGUUCACACCGUUCAUCGACGGGCGGAUGCGCUCUGGCAGAAGCUCUUUCCAUGUGCUUUUUGCUAGGCACAUGGCUUUGCACUUGACGGAAGCAAUUCUGCCGUUGCAGCGACUAGCUCCUCCCACUCAGUGCCACUAUAUCUUAUUGAGAUGUUGCGCUACGAGUCUGCCUUUUUUGAGGUUCCCUCGCGGGGUCUUGGGGCGUGUUCUUUACCGCCAGAGUCUGCUGUUGCUGUUUCGAACGCGUUUUCUCCGGGCUACGUACGCGCGGGAGUGGACAAUGUCAAGUCUCGGGAUGGCAAGCAGAAAAACCACGACUUCAAAGCGGAUUCUCCCGACCAUCGUCACUGUGUCGGGCCAUCGCGGCAACCUUGUGCCACUCCAGCACUAUUUCUGUCGCAAGGAAAAUACCCUGGACUUCCUCCCGGCUUCCACCACACAGGAGUGUCAGGGGACGAUGAAACGGAUCCCCAUCUUCAUGCUUCUUUCUUCCAGUCCUACUGCGGAGAAAAGGCCCUGUGCCAGACAGACAUCCACCGUUGUUCCUCUUGGCAAAGUCCAAGCCGGGGUGCAGAGCAGUUGAUGGGCCGAACGGCGGGAACAGACUUGGUCAGUGGCCGCAGCGACUGUCGAUUCGCUUCUUCGCCGGUUCCCCCUGGGGCGUAUUUCCGGGGCAUUCGGACUUCGCAAGGCACACAGCGUGACUCCGGAUUCGCUCUGGAGGCGAGAGCCCGGACACAGCAGCUGGUCCAGAACGGCUCCGGUCUUGUAGAGCGAAGUCAGUGUCGGCGUACAUCGCACUGUGCGUCGCCUCCGUUCUCGUCUGCCCAUGACGACGCCGGUUUAUCUGCGAAAAAUUCGAGAAAUCUCGACGCAGGCAUUUCGAAGGUUACGUGUGUUUGCACGGAGCCUCAUGGGACCGGCUCGUCGCGUUCCCGACCUUACGGCGCCUCUGCUUCGUUGCACUCCAGGCAGCUGUAUACGGAGGGAAUGGCCGCUUCUGUCCACCCGUUUUCUUCUUAUCGGAGUCUCCCUUCAGCCGCCCACAAAACGCUGCGAACUUCUGGGUUGGAUCCUCGGUUGCAGGGGCAUCAUCGCGUUUCACCUAUUGAGACCCGAGGCUCAUGCUUCGCGUCUGUCAAAGCCAUGCUGGCGUCUGUUUUUGCGUGCGUUUGGUUGUGCGUCUCGAUUGUGCGCGCCGGCCUCGCGGUCUACCUUCGCGGCGUGCUUGACUGCUUGUCUGUUCACCGGUUUCUCGUGUACUGUUUCCGAAGUCCCGUGAUUUGCCAGAAGUCGAUCUCGUGUCUCCUGCUGAAUGGCGGUCUCUUCCUGGGUCUGAUUCAGUUCUUCACGCACAUUUUGAUGCCGGUCAUCGCCGCGGUGUCGUCGUUUCUGAUUUGUUUCAUCGCCACGCUCGUCUCUCUGUUUUCUACGUACACCGCGGCCGAGAAACAGGGCUCUUCUCCCCUGCCUCCGACUCUCGCCGCUUCGGCGCAAGCUGCAGAUGUCCCCCCGGCCUUGCCGCUCCUCUCUCUCGACGUUUUCUCGCCUUUUGCCGUUGCUUUGGUCUAUUUCUUUCCCUCUCUCGGUAGUGACUACGACCCCACAGGACCCGUCGCCACAGAAGGGGCAACGCCAGGUGUCGGGGUGUCUCCGUUGGGUCUCCAAGCAGUCCGCCCUGGAGCCGCGACUGUCGCCUGGCUCGUCCCGCUCAUCGAGUGUGCGCUGUGGAGUCUCUUCAGAUUCUUCGUCCUCUAUCCCCUCUACUGCUGCAACAGCUUGUUUAACUCUCUCUGGUAUCGCGACAUCGCGGACACUGCUGCGGCGCUGCUUCUGCAGGAUGAAGAGACCUCGAGUAGGGAGAGAACGAACCAGUUGUCAGGGAUGAACGGUCCUUCUCGCCGGGUCUCGUCCGCGGAACCUAACGCAUCGCACAGCUGUCCAGAGGCGUCUUGUGUGUUCCGUUUCGCUUCUCCGGGCGACAGAUUCGAGUUCCAUACUCGAGGCGCGGGAGACACACGUGAGGGCGAUGCACCGCCGAUGAGGAGGGAGGAAGCUUGUGAGGGGAGGAGGACGGAGGGGACAGGCGGUCACGGCGUUUCUUCUUUCUGUAGCUCGCUUCAGCUGAAGCGCAGACCCCGGGACCAGGCCUCAUCAUCGGCGAGCUCCGCUUUGCCCACAACCUGGAAAGAGAGGCCGUCGGGGAGCUUCUGUGCACGCUUGUGGACCUUGUGGGUGAGAAGCGGAGACCAGAGAGGGCCGUGGCAGGAGACACAAGGGGCUGUCCCGCUCGAACUUGGUAAGGACGAACCGACGGACUUUGUCGGAGAACAAAGUGCUCUUGAGGCUAGGGAGCGACACACAGACACAGGAGGCAACGGAGCUUCUCGCCUGGGGAAGCUGACUCGCGCUGUCGUCCGGCGAGGCAGUAGGACGUUUGCCUGGUCGUCCUUCUUCAGAGGGAAGUGGCGUUUGUCUUCCCCUCCGCAUCCCUGGGAAGGGAGGAAAGACUCGGACGACGAAGACGGCUUCCCGUCGCUCUUCGGCUUCUUUGCACCCGUGUACGAAUGGUUCUCGCCUGCCGAGAAGCAUGCGUCCUCAGCAGUACCGCCCGUUUCUCCGUCUGCUUUCUACUCGGCUUCGUUCUUCUCUUCGUCGCCCUGUCCUCCAGCGGUCGGCGGGCCUUCCUCGGGAGGCGUCUCCCCCUGUGAGUUUGCUCUGCGCCUGCUCCUGCACUACGUCUGGUGGAUCGGGGCUUCAGUCCUUCUGCCACUCAUUCCGUUUAUCGGCCCCCCCCUGUCCCUCAUCAACCUCUCGUGGCUCUUUGCCUUCUAUUGCUUCGACUGGCACGACUACCUUCCAUACACUUCCUUCUCUUGUGCUUCGGCCGAACAUGUAGACACUUGGAGCGAGGGCGACGACGGGGGAGAAGGUUGUCUGGGCCCUCAGAUCGCGAGAGAAGAACUCAGACUGCGCUCGCUUCCUGAGAACUGCCGGUGCAGCACGCGAGGCGGUCCACGUCGUCGACCCUGCCAACAGGCGUCCUGUUUCCUGGCUUCGAGUUCGAGAGACAGACACGCCCCUGGCGCCUCCAUUUCCGGGAGACGGCUCCUGGGUCUUACCAUCGGCGAGAACGACGCACUGUACUUUUCGUCCUUCUCCUCGCUUUCACCCUUCUCGUCCCACGAUCCCCCCUGCCGGCCCUCUCCCUCGGCGUCGCACCAGGCGCUGUGUGGAGACACAGAGACACUUGGAGACGGCGGAGCCCACAGUGUGGGGUGCAUGGGCAGGGGCCGAGGUCGGACCGCGACUGGCGCCUGGCCCUCUGGGAGCGAAGGAGGAGAAGAGGCCGAGGAAGCCUUUGCGAGACGCGUCAAUGCGUGGAUCAAGAGUCAGCAGAGAUAUCUCAAGAGCACCAAACACGAGGCAAGGCGGGCUCUGUCCCCUCAGAUGAAGAUGCGAAUUCAGCGUCUGGCGGCUCUCUUUGCCACGAAGACCGAGGCCAAACACAUGCGAGAGAAUAAGGAAGAAAACCAAGGGAGAGACGUCUCGAGCCUCGCUUUACCAAGCAGGAGAGGCCUCGCGGAGGGCGCGACCCCGAACGGGCCUGAAACGUUUUCCUGGCAACCGCAAGCAGAGCCUGUACGGCGAGGAGUUUCUUCAGUGUGGGGCGUCUCUCCAGCAUGCAGCUGCUGCACUGCUCCCGCAGCCGCGCCUGUGUUUCCUGCCUUCCCGACGCGGGAGGAUCAGAACUCCCGAGUUCAAGUUCAGGACCGAGAGGGCAGUCGACCGCUUAAGACAGAAGCGGAUGGGAGAAUGGCGAACAGAGAAAACAGACAAGAGAGACGCAUUUUAUUUGUGGGAGAAAUGAGGUCUCGCGUCAAGUACUUCGAAGAGCACUGGCUCUACUUCGCAGGGUUCGGCUUGCCUCUCUGCCUCGUUCAGUUCGUCUGCUCCUCUUUCGUGGACUACGGAGUUCUUUCCAUGCUCUUCCCUGUGUGCAUCGUCACUUCCCUGCAUGCGCUUCCUCUUCGCUGGGUCUCUCGCUCUGAUGAGUCUCUCCUAGGCCCGUACGCCCUCUUUCGGCGCCUACCGAUCUUCGCUCCCAUACAGCUCCUCACGCGAUAUAUGCUCAGGGUGGUGGUCGAUCUUUCCGCUUUGAGGAGCGUAAGGAGUGUGUGUAGCUAUUCUUCUGUAAUUCGCGAUCCAUCCAACGCGAUUCAUGUGCGCGACAGGGACGGGUCGCGGGUUCCCCCUGUGCCUGCCGUUGCGUGUUUCAGCUGGCUGGUCGACCGAGAGGAGUUGGCUGCUGCGUCUGCUGUGCACAAGACGACCUGGAUUCGCCGCGACUUCUCGACUUGGAUUGCGCUUCGUCGUUUUCCUCUCUACCCCCAACAACCAAAUUGUUUUCUUCUCGUCUUUCCUUCCGUCCCUCACUCUCCGUGCAGCUGCAGCCCCGGGGAGCAGACUCGCGUGGACGCCUUCGUGCGCGCGUGGUCUCUUUCUCCCUUCCUCUUCAGUAGUUCAGUUGCUUCCACGUGGUUACUCUUUUGUCAGAGUGUCUCUGUGCUCUUGUCUUAUCUUUUUUGCGCCUCUCCAGUCUUUCCCCGGCUUCCGCUCCUCGCCGGGUCCCUCCCCACUCGGCCCUCGCUCCUCCGCACUGGUGUAAGAAGUCCAAGCUUCGGCGGGAAGUUAGCCUCUGCCCCGACCAGAACCGGUCGAAGCUUGCGUCCAGGGGCUUCUGUGUUGUUUCCUGAAAAGACACCAUUCGACGACGGCCGAGGCCUGCCUCUCCUUUUUUCGCACGACCUCCCUCUCCCUUCGCGAUGGAGCGCGCUUCUCCGCAGGCCUCUGGCGACAAAGGCCCAUCCAGGCGCGCCACGAAAAAUGAGGGCAGCCUCCCAACCUACGCAGCAGAUGCCACAAAGGCCUCCUCUUCGCGCCGGGAGCCGGAAGAAGGCGUCGAGCGGCACGCGCGGCUCGCGAGUUUCAACUUGCACGCAUCCGCUUCUGCGUUCCGGCAUUUGGGCUCGCGCCUGGCUUCGGUUCGCAUGGGCGAGGGCAGCCAUGCGGGUGCACUGCCCGGCCAGCCUAUGGAGGAGGAGAAGGAGGAGCCGGACUCCGACGCAGAAGACGACGACACCCCUGCCUGCGUUCGCGCAUGCUUCAAAGGCCUCAAAUCGUUCUUCCCCGACCCCGACCCUUUCUACUGGUUUGCUCUCGCUCUCAUUGCAUGCCUCAUCGUCGUCCUCCUUGGUUUCGGAGACGGCACCAGUGCAGAACAAGAACAGUACAGCCUCGGCGUGGCUUCCCCGGGAUGGAACCCUGGAGACAGUGCCCACGCGACCACCAAGCCACCCGAAAUUUUGGGUGGUCAUUCUCGGCGUCCUGAACUUUGUCUGCUACGAAAUGCAAAGCGCCACUGCGUUCACUUCGACCAUCGAUCCCGACAUCUUCUACGUCAUCUGGAGUAUCUUCUGCUACAUUCUUUGGCUUAACAACUCUGAACGAACGAAUCUGGUUCUGGUGGCGAACAAGACGGCGGAAGUCCAGCCACUCAUGUUUCUUCGCUUUUUCGGAAAAGACCUUAGCUUCCCGGCCUCAUCGCUCCAGAUCAUUUAUCUCUGCAACAUCGUCAUGAUCAUUCUGACCUGCCGCCGCCUCCUGCGCUCUCUCAUGAUCUUCGUCUUCGAGCUUGGCUUCCUCAUGAACAUGAAUGGGCAAGCAAUUGCGUACCUCACUCGAUAUUCUCGGCUGCGAAAAUUCAAUAUCAAAUGGUGUACCUUUGCAGCCCAGCCUGCAGACACAGAUUCGGACUACACAUACACAAGCAAAUUUGCUUCGCGAUUUGGGAGCAUGGCUGACAGCUGUGCCGCCACAGAUCCAGACUCCCCCGCCCAGGCUCCGGGGCCCCAGAGGGCCGCGCCGGUCGCGCCGGGGGCCAACUGGCCCGAGCACGACGGGGGGCGCCCGGGGCAGCGAAAUGUUGGCGAAGCGCUGGACGAAGACGCCUUUGAGAAAAUCAGACAGCUUCAGGAGGUGGCCAAAAAGGCCCCGAGAGAACACCUGCCGGCGGCGCGGUUGGGCCUGCAACGCUCGCGCGAGUCUCUCCGCGAAGGGAAGACGUUCUUGAGGGCCACAACUCAGUGCAGAGACCAGAGGUUACGAAAACUUCGCCUUCGGCACGCAGCGAUGGAGAAGCGCCUCCAGGACGAAUUCGGCACUGCCAAUCUCCCUCGACAACUGCAUCCCAAGUACAUUGAGAAAUCAAAGACGUCGAAAAUCCGGAACUGGCUGCUGAUUCACUACGUUUACGACUACCCACCGGCCCUCUUCAUUCGAUCCGAGCGCAUUGAGUUGGUCCACAAACCGGUCGCGAAGCAAGUCGCCGAUCUCCUUUUCAAAGAAAUCGUUCGAGACCAGUCGGAACUCGAAGCUGGCAAACACCCCGUCGUCUCUCACGUCCCCCUCGCCCCGCCCACAGGGCCAGAAAACCCAAACUCCGACGGUGCAGACGCAAACCUCAAAGACGCCGCGGAUGCCCAGAUUGGCCAGUCGGCCGACAUGCAAGCGCUGGUUUCGGCGCUGCCUCCUGCUGUGGCCCAGACGCUCACUACGGGACUCGGAGGAGUCCCUGCGGCCCCGGCGUUGGGCGAGGUGGAGGCCGACGGCGAAGAGCCAGGUCCCCAGUCGCCUUCGCCCUCGACAGGCGCGCCUGCAACCCCCCCACCGGCGUCGCCGCCCUCGGCGGGGCUUGAGGCUCCUACCCCCUUAGAGGCGAAGCCUGCACCAGUGAAGGUUCCCGGCGAACCGGCUGCUGUGAGAGAGGCAUGCGCGUCCACACCUGCUUCUGCGCCGACUGAAGAGUCGCACGAGCCAGCAGGAGACCGGAAAGCUUUGCGCAUUCCCCUGCUGAAGUCCAAUUCUCUGACGCCACCCGCGCCGCUUCUCGCGGGCCAGAGAGAGGCCCCGCGUUUCCACCCCGGCGCGGCUCCAGAGACGAGGAAACUCGAACCUCCAGCCCGAGGCGCGAGCGCUGCCUUUUCGCUGUUGCAGGCGCAAGACUCGGAAGAGUUCGAACCUCUCGAAGGAAACUUCGACUUCCAUGUGCUGGACAAGCAAACCGCGAGUCUUCCCGAACAUCUUCGCACCAAGCACUUUGAAACGCAGACGCCGUUCUCGAUCUCCGUUAGCCCUGAUCAAGCCGACGUUGCUGCUCACCUGAACCGCGAAGCUGCUGCACGACCACCCGAGACUCACCCUCAAAACCAGGUGCAGGGGGACCAGGACGGGGACCCUUCCCACACGCGGUUGGAAGUUGGUUCGCCGCCGGCUGUGACAGAACGUCGACCUCCGUUUUCUUCGUUCGGUGCGCUUUUCUCUUCCUCACCUUCGCACGCGCGCGCGUUUGAGGGCGACCCGUCUCUCGCAGGGCCGUCGGCAACGUGCGUUUCUGUCGACUCCCCUCGUUCUGUCUCUGAAUCGACUGCGUCGCGGGUGAUGAAGGAAGACUUCGCAGAAACUCGAGGCUCCUCGCGCCCCUCUCUCGCCCACGCAAACCCCACCGCUGGCAUCGCGGGGCGCCCCCUGUGGGCUGGGGAGACGGGCAGGCGUGCCAGGAAGAUCCGGAAACCUGCGCCUGCAAGCGACAGCGAGGGCGAGUGUCGCCGCAUCGUCUGGGGAAGGACCAGCGAGGCGAUCCUGUCAGGCUCUGACGCGGAGGCCGCCUGUAGCGGGGACGAGUCGAGCGACACUGCGAGCAAGCAGGAGUACAAGUGGCUCCAGGAAGGUCCCUGGAGAACGAGGAAGUCAUGGGCGGGAACAUUCGGCAGCAUCGCUCGGUUCUCCCAGUCUGAGGACAGCAGCGAAGCGAGCCGAGAGUCGGACGAAGAGAAAAAGGCGGCGGAGCUGCUCAUGCGCCCGUACCUUUUUCAGGAGCGCGUGAGGGCCUGCGAACGGCGGGAGCCCCUCGCGGACCGUUCGUCGGAAGCAGAGGCCGCGCCAGGUCCAGGCCUCCUUCCGCGGGCGCCGCCGCGCUGCGUGGUCAGGCACCGCACUGUCGAUCUCGCCGAAGAUUCCUGGGACGAGGAUCUUGCCCCGGGGCGAGAGGGGAGACGCGGAGACGUAGAGCUGGUCCCCAGGGAGAGAAGAAGCGAAACAGAUUUGAACAGGCAACAGACCGAAAGAAAACCUUCCUCUCGGAUGGCUUACAGACCCUCUGCGUUCCAUGGAUUCGAACUGCCCGCGCUCUUCGGCUCUGGCACGGUUGCGGCUGCGGACCCCAGCGAGAAGGCGCCGCAGCCAGGACUCGAGGCGCCUCGCACUGCCCAACUCGACCCCCCAGAAGACCCCCAGAGGGCCCCGAACGGGGGUGACGCAGCGACCGCUAGCUGGGCUCCAGAGGCUCUGCCUGCGUGGGCGCCAGUCCCCGCGUCCCCUGCCGCGCCUGCGAAUCCAGGCAACUUCCUGUCUCCCAAUGCCACGAUGGAGAGCGACUUCAUGAAGCCGCGCGGGCGGGCAAACGCAGUUUUGUGUUUGACUGGACUCGAAUUUGGGCCUUCAGAGGAGGAGGAAGAAGAAUUGGCUGUCAAGAGAGAAUACAUCGACUUGUUUUUGAAGCCUGAAGAGGCCGACGAACUGAUGAAAGACGUUGACCUAUCAGGGCAUGGCAAAUUCAACGACGCGAUGUUCAGGCGAGCGGUUGUCAUUCUCUACUCGAUGCGAAAGAAGUUACUCAAAUCCCUCAAGAGCCAAGCGAGUAUUGCUUCGACAGUCAGUCGAAUGAUUUCGGUUCUUCUCUGGGUCAUCUCCUUCAUCAUUUUGCUUCUCGUCCUCGGAGUCGACAUCAACACCGUCAUUGUUUCCGGCGCCGCCUGUCUCUCCGCAAUUAUCGUUGCUCUGAGCUACUUCUACCAAAACUUUGUGACAGCCGUACUGUUCAUUGCCGUCUCGAAUCCAUUCAACGUAGGAGACCGCGUUCGGAUCGACGGCGGAGAAAUUCUCUACGUUCGAAAGAUUCGCACCUACACGAGUGAAUUCGAAACUGUGCAUGGGCGCCCUGUGUUCUACAGCAACGCCGUGUUGUUCAAUCGCGUUAUCACCAACGAGUCGCGAUCGAAGAAUUCAUGUUUUGAGAUUCCUCUCGUUCUCGACAUUCGAACCCCCGAGAGCGCUAUUCGACAGCUGCAGGCGGCGAUGCAGCGUUACUUGGAGAGUCGCAGCCUCGAGUUCGUCAAAGACACCUUCCGACUAUUUGUCACGAGCGUCCAGCCCGGUCGACAAAUCGAUGUGUCUCUGUGGAUGACGUGCGUCGAAGGCUGGGGAAACGUCCUGAAGGUCUUGCGGACGCGCACAGAAGUCUACUUUUAUCUUUUGAAACAACUCGCGCGGCUCCACAUUUCCUUCCAACUGCCUCUCCAGCCCAUCCACUUCCCUUCGACCUCCGGGGCCUCCCUUCAGACUGCAGGCAGUGGAAACCCAGCAGCCGGCAGGCUCACGCCUGCUUCUCCGCAAGAAAGAAAAGUCGUCAGUGCCGCAGCGGCAACUCAGCAGUUUCAGAAUGCUACCGCGCACGGCCAGUCGCUGCCGGCGGCUCUGGCCCCGCAUGCGUGGGGCGACGUGUGUCUCCAGCCAGAAGUGUCUCCUUUCUGGUCGUCUCCCUUGGUCGGCGAAGGGUCGCCUGGAGCCGAAUGCACGCGCUUCGGUUUUCUUCCUUCUUCCGCGCAGCUCGGAGGCGACGAGGCUGUGAGCAGCAGCGGGCGGCGGCAUUUCUGGGAACGGCCUGGGGCGCUGGCCUCGGGCGUCUGCGCCUCCGCGAGCUGCGCUGGGCUCCAAGGAGACAGAGGAGCGCGUUGUGGCGAGACAGGGCGGCGCGAGGCGAGUCCGCUCGACAGGGGGGCGCGGCUGUGGAACUCUGGGUCGGUGGCCGCGGGCACACGCAAAAAGCUCGUGGAGAGGAGAAAGGGCACGACUCCUGCCGUCUCCGUUUCCUUCCGAGAGGACCGCGAGACAGACGUAGCUCUUGGCGCCGACUGCGGCGAAGAAGACUCGCCCCCGGUGCCGAAACAGCGUGUAAGGGUGAGUGGAGUGCUGCGAGCGCGACGGGGAGACACGGAAAACAUGAGGCGUCGAGGCCGGCGGCAGGAGCGCGAGCUUCGCCUUUCUUUGAAGGCCUCUGAGUCCUCGGACCGAGGGAGUUGUCGGGAUCGCGAGCGACAGGCUCUCCUUUUUCAAGGCGAACAACAAGGCAGCGCAACCUGGGUCUGUACUGCCUCGAGAAAUCGCGAGACAGAGGAGAAGAAGAGUCCUGGCCUCAGCGAGAGACGCUUCUCUCAGCUGUCCAGCCGGGACUGAGGGAUAGAAAAAAGCGGCCGCAGAGGGGAGAGAAAAAAGAGGUGCAGAGGGCGACGUUCGUUUUCCGGUUUCCUGAUCGAGACCACACAGCGGGAACAAGCUGGUAAAGCAAAGAGUGAAAAAAGGACGAGGGACAAAGAAUCACCAGGCGUGUGUGUGCCCUUGAGCCUUGCGACUUCUGAGGCCUUGGCCGCCUCAAAAUUUUCCAAGUUUCAACAGCUUUUUUUGCCGUCGCAGCACGGCGUCUUGACGACGAGGAAACCGGCUGUCGACGUGAAGACAGUUCAGAGAAAAAAAAGGUUUUUUUUUGUUGGGCACGCACCGAUUCGAUGAAAUCGGUCAGAUGUUUUUUCCUGAACAGCAGCUUGUGACACUCUUUGUGCCCAUGCUCGAAGUAGUUAAGGUGCAUGGAGUGCGUAUUCUUGUCAAUGCCUACGUGCUUAUACAUGUAAAAGUAUCUCCUAUACAUCGGUUCACUGGGAUGUCCAGGCUCGUGAAUGUGGAGACCUACUCAUACAUGUAUAUAUAUAUAUAUAUAUAUAUAUAUAUAUAUAUAUAUAUAUAUAUAUGCAUGUAAUCAGAUGUGUGUUUUUUGUAGAUGUGUAGCGAUGAUGCAUGGAAUCACGCAGGGAGUUCCUGCAUUCAGUUUUGUUCCAGAGGAGCAAAUUGUGCGUCACUGAGUGAUCGCGUUUGGCGACUGGAAGAGGCGCGUGUGUCACUGAAUUGACUGCGCCCCAUUUUGAGGAGCCUGAGUCGACUUGCGUUUGAAUUUCCGUCCUGCAUGCGCAGCCUUUUCGGGGAACAGAAGCAUUUGUGCCCUCAAAACCGCUCUGUAUCGAUCCCAC